AUGGAGCUGCGACUCCUGGCUUGUCUUUUCAAUUUGCACACUGCGGUGAUCUAUGGGUCCCUGUCUCUGUUUGUUUCCAUUCUGCACAACGUAUUCCUCCUGUACUACGUGGACACCUUUGUCUCUAUUUACAAGAUUGAUAAACUAUCCUUUUGGAUAGGAGAGACAGUGUUUCUGAUCUGGAACAGCCUCAAUGACCCUCUGUUUGGCUGGCUGAGUGACCGGGUGUUCCUUAGCACACAGCAGCCAGGAGCAGAAAUUUCUUCCCCAGAAGUAGUUCUGAAGAGACUCAAAGCACUGAGCCACAAUGGCCCCCUCUUUGCCAUCUCUUUCCUGGCUUUCUGGGUCGCCUGGGCUCAUCCUGGUUUGCAGUUCCUUCUUUGCCUCUGCAUGUACGACAGCUUUCUCACCAUGGUUGACCUCCAUCACAACGCCUUGCUUGCAGACCUGGCUGUUUCAGCAAAAGACAGGACUAGCCUCAACUUCUACUGCUCCCUCUUCAGUGCCAUAGGCUCCCUCUCUGUCUUUAUGUCCUAUGCAGUGUGGAACAAAGAGGACUUCUUUUCCUUUCGCAUAUUUUGCGUCAUGCUGGCCCUCUGCUCCAUCGUUGGUUUUACCUUCUCCACGCAGCUACUCCGCCAGCGUUUUCAGGCUGAUGGGAAAACAAAAUGGGACCAAGAAUCAACCCUAAAAGAGCUGUACAUUGAGAAACUCUCUGUCCCCCAGGAGAAGAGGAUCACCCUGGCAGAGUAUCUCCAGCAGCUCUCCCGGCAUCGCAACUUCCUCUGGUUUGUCUGCAUGAACCUCGUCCAGGUUUUUCACUGCCACUUUAACAGCAACUUCUUCCCUCUGUUCCUGGAACACCUGCUGUCAGACCAGAUCUCUGUCUCCACUGGAUCCUUCCUGCUUGGUGUUUCCUACAUUGCCCCUCAUCUCAACAACCUCUACUUCCUGUCCCUUUGCCGACGCUGUGGGGUUUACGCCGUGGUGCGAGGACUCUUCUUCUUGAAGCUGGCUCUUAGUGUUGUCAUGCUCCUGGCAGGACCUGAUCAGGUGUAUCUGCUCUGCAUCUUCAUUGCCAGCAACCGGGUGUUCACAGAAGGAACUUGUAAGUUGCUCAACCUGGUUGUGACUGACUUGGUGGAUGAAGAUCUAGUCCUGAACCGCAGGAAGCAGGCAGCCUCAGCGCUGCUGUUCGGGAUGGUGGCUCUGGUCACCAAACCAGGACAGACCUUCGCCCCUCUGAUCGGCACCUGGCUGCUGUGCGCGUACACAGGCUACGACAUUUUCCAGCGCAACCCCUUGAGCAAUGUGGUGAGUGCUCAGCCGAAGCUGGAGUCUGAUGCAGCCUUGGAGCCAACUCUUCGCCAGGGCUGCUUUUACCUCCUUGUUUUCGUACCCAUCACGUGUGCACUGCUGCAGCUCGUCAGCUGGUCUCAGUUCAGCUUGCACGGGAAGCAUCUGCAGAUGGUGAAGGCUCAGCGCCAAAGCCUGACACAAGGCCGAGCACCAGAAAUCAAAACGAUCUAGGGAUGCCUGAGCCCCCAGGGUGUUGCUGGUUCCAGGCUGGUGCAGGACAGCAGGCUAAGUGUGGCGAUGGUGGGCUGAGAAACCCUGAUGUUUGUGGUUCAACUGUGAAAUGCUGUAAUGCAAAUGUUUACUGAUUCCAGGAGGUGG